ACUGCUCCAGUGGACGACGACUUUGUGGUGCUGACGAAUAAUGAGAUGAAAUUUUGUCAGGCCAGCCGUGGAAGUGGUGGUGGCAGCAGUGGCGUGCCAGACACGGCCAGCGGUGGAGGUGGCAGUGGCCAGCGGAGUCCCCGGGGUGGUGGCGGUUCCGGGACCAAAGAGGACACGGACAGUGCCAUUUGGAGCAGCGCGAGGGAACAAUGCCCGAAGCUGGGGAACAAUGGUGGAACCCCAAAUGAUUCGCGAACGCCCACCCGAAGUAGCAGCAGCCGGAGUCCCGAGGAGGGUUGGAAGGGACGGCCACGGCCGUCUACGGCUGCGUCCUGGAAUCAACGACGAAAGGCCCAUCAACAGGGCCGGGGACGACGACGAAGACCUGCCAGCAGCUGCAGCAGUGACUACAGCAGUGAUGGUGAUCUCCAGACGGACCUCGGCAGUGGGAGCAGCCUGGAGGAAGAGGACGAUGAUGGGGUGCAGUUUGAGGAACCAAACGAUUACGACAAGACGUCGGACUUUUUCAACAACAUUCCGGAGUUUCACGGGGAAUCGCUGGGGCCGUUUAGUUUGCAGAGCCAAAAGCAGAACGAACUGACGAACAUCCGCACCAACAUCGACAUCCUGCGGGCGUGCGAGCUGUUUCUGAUGCGGAACCGCAUCCGGCCGGACUUUUUCUGCAAGUACAAAAAGGUCGUCAAUGCCUCCGUUUCGGCCCCACCCUCUUUUCCACUGUCUGGCUCCGUGAGGACACCCGUGGACAGCAAACCCAAAAGUGUGUCCCCGUCGACGUUACGACGACCCCCGCCACCUGCAGAACGUCGACUGAGUCAGCAUCAACCGCCACCACAACAACAACCACCUCCCCCAGGGGUCCGUCAGACUUCACCUCCACCACCACCACCCCCUGCGGCAGCGCCCUCCACCAAGGAUGGUCCGCCGGUGCCCAUCUACAGCGUCCCGAAUCGGGCCGGCAAAAGGAGACGAUUUAUUGCCACCGUCAAUACCGAUGCAUCCUCCUCGAACGAAGCCGUCCACCUGCAGCAGCGACUGAAGAGCCUCAGCUCGGAACUGGUAACGCUGCGGAAUCGACUUCACACGGGUGCUGGCCAGACGGCACCAGCGGCCACGGCGGCCGGUGGCCCAACCGUGGCCACAGCAGUCAACAACGCGGUCAACAACGCAGUCAACAACUCAAACAACAGUACAGCAACGCCAAAUCCAAACCCACAAACGCUCGGUGGCCACGGAACGACCGGACUGGUGGCCGCGGCCGUCGGCGGAGGUGCGAACAACAUUCUGUCACACCUGAACGGUACCAACGGCAACAGCUGCACUAAUGGCAAGAGUCACAUGAUAGUGGCGUCGGCGCAGUGCAUACCGGCGACGGGCAAUGGCGCCGCGACGCUUGGCAACCAUCAGGCGAGCCAACAGCACUCCAAUAAUGUGAUGCCGUUGGUUUCGCCACGAAACACCUCCAUCCCGUACCCGCUGCCCCACCACAACAGCACCGGAACGAUACUGCUCGGAGACACUGCCCUGAGUGGAGGUGGUGGCCAGGCGGGCCUAACCGGUGGCGGAACCCUUCCCCGGCGGACAUCCGUGGGAUUCGGCGGCAAGACACACCAACAGCACGGUGGCGUCCAGGGGUUGUCCUCGUCGGGUCUGCUCCACCCGGUGCUGCAGUCCGGAACGCUUCACAGUAAUGGCGGCCUCAGCAGUGGUGGCGGAACCGGUGCUACCAUCGUUGGGUGUACCUUGGCACACGGGGCCGGCGGUGGAGGAGGGGUAGGGGGGACAGGAACGGGGGGUUCCGGACCACUUGGUGGCCGUGGUGGAACGGGAUUCAACGGAACGGGUCACGGGCAUGGUAUCGGGAAUGGGUUCAACGGUGUUGGAGGAACCAACGGCAAUGGUAAUGGGAACAGCAACAGUGGUGGUGGAAUCGGUAGCAACAGUGACGGAGGAGUGACCGGUGGCCAGCGAAAAACCGCGUCCAACAUGGAGGACCUGAUACACCUGCCCGGACCGCUAACCGAGGACGCCGUAAUGCGGACACUCCAAACCAGAUUCAACGAGGAGAAAUUCUUUACCAAUGUCGGCCCGAUCCUGCUCUCGGCGAACCCAUACCACGAUGUGGGCAACCCCCUCACCCUUUCCUCAACCCGCUCCGUCCCACUAGCACCUCAACUCCGCAAAAUAGUACAAGAAGCCGUGCGGCAACAGGCCGAAACGGGCUACCCCCAGGCCAUCAUCCUAUCAGGAACUUCCGGUUCCGGCAAAACGCACUGCUCGAUGCUGCUCCUUCGGCAACUGUUUGCCGUGGCCGGCGGUGGUCCCGAAACGGACGCCUUCAAGCAUCUGGCCGCGUCCUUUACCGUACUCCGGUCGCUCGGAUCGGCCAAAACGUCCACCAACUCCGAGUCGAGUCGAAUUGGCCAGUUCAUCGAGGUGCAGGUGACGGACGGUGCGCUGUACCGGACGAAGAUCCACUGUUACUUCCUGGACCAAACCCGGGUCAUCCGGCCGUUACCGAACGAGAAAAAUUACCACAUCUUUUACCAGAUGCUCGCCGGGUUGAACGCUGAAGAGUGCGCCCGACUUAACUUGGAAGGAUACUCCCCGGCGAAUCUGAGGUACCUGCAGAACGGGGACAUCCGGCAGGACGAGCACGAGGACGCGGCCCGGUUUCAGGCGUGGAAGGCAUGUCUCGGAAUUCUGGGCAUUCCGUUUUUGGACGUAGUCCGAGUUCUGGCAGCGGUUUUGUUGCUAGGCAACGUGCAGUUCGUUGAUGGACAGGGCCUCGAAGUCGAAGUGACGGACGACACCGAACUGAACGCCGUUGCGAACCUUCUCGGAGUGCCACCUGCGCAGCUGUUCCGUGGCCUGACCAUCCGGACGCACAACGCCCGCGGCCAGCUCAUCAAGUCCAAGUGCGAUGCCAACAUGUCCAACAUGACGCGCGAUUCGCUGGCGAAGGCGCUUUACUGCCGAACUGUCGCGACCAUCGUGCGGCGAGCAAACAGUCUCAAAAGGUUGGGUUCGACGCUCGGGACGCUUAGCUCCGAUAGUAACGAAUCGGUGCACAACCAAGCGGAGGUGGCCAGCCAGCACGCGUCCACAAUCGGGGGGAAUGCCGGAUCGAAGUCGAUGGCCGCACUCAACAAUGCGGUGCGGCACGCUACGGAUGGAUUCAUUGGAAUCCUGGACAUGUUCGGCUUCGAGGAACCUCGUCCCGCCCAGCUCGAACACCUGUGCAUAAAUCUGUGUGCCGAAACGAUGCAACACUUUUACAACACGCACAUCUUCAAGAGUUCCGUCGAGUCAUGCCGCGAGGAGGGUAUCAUCUGCGAUACCGAGGUCGAUUACGUGGACAACGUGCCUUGUAUUGAUCUGAUAUCUUCGCUGCGGACGGGACUGUUGAGCAUGUUGGACGCUGAAUGUUCCGUGCGUGGAACGGCCGAGACAUAUGUGUCGAAGAUAAAGGUUCAACACAGGAAUUCCGCUCGGUUGGAGCAGCGCACGCUUGAACCGUACGAUCCGAGGAUCUUUGCGAUUAGGCACUUUGCUGGCAGGGUUGAGUACGACACGACUGACUUUUUGGACACGAAUCGGGAUGUGGUUCCGGAUGAUUUGGUGUCGGUGUUUUACAAGCACACGUGUAAUUUUGGAUUUGCGACGCACCUGUUUGGGACUGAGUUGAAGGCGUUGUACGCCCAGGAGAAUGUUCCACGCGGGUUGAGCUUUAGAAUCGCGCCGACGUCGCACACAGAUCUACUGAAUGGAGAUGAACCAGUUUCAACGCUUACUCAAGACUUCCAUACGCGACUAGACAAUCUACUGCGGACGCUGGUGCACGCGCGGCCACACUUUGUCCGGUGCAUCCGGAGUAACACCGCUGAAAAGGCGGGCGUGUUUGACCGUGGAACGGUCGUUCGACAAAUCCGUGCCCUUCAGGUGCUGGAAACCGUGAAUUUAAUGGCCAGUGGAUUCCCACAUCGUUUGCGGUUUAAGCAGUUUACCGCCCGCUACCGGAUGUUGGCUCCGUUCCGACUGCUGCGGCGCUGCGAGGAGAAAGCCCUUGAGGACUGCAAGCUCAUUCUGGACUUUGCGCUGGAGAACCCACCAGAGUUGGAUGGGUCGGUGACGCUGUCGUGGGCACCGGGCAAGAGGCACAUCUUUUUGAGUGAGGGCAUUCGGCAGCAUUUGGAGAACCUGAGGACGGAGGUGCGCAUGAAGAGCGCAACGCUGAUUCAGGCCACGUGGCGUGGGUGGAAUCUGCGCAAGCGGUUGGGAACGAUCAGGAGGUCGCACGAUAUCAAGAUGGUUGGCGGAGGAAUGCUGACGCUGAACAAGAGUUCGGGUGAGUUUAUACCGACUAUGUUAGACUAAAAAAUCCCUAAUACCUUCUCUUUUUCGAUAGCCACUCGACCGAACGCAAACAACCCCACCUCAAAUUCAAACGCAAACGCCACAAACACCGGAACGGCCACCCGGCCACGACCCCAGCCAAUCGCCGGAACGCCACCGCCCGAUCCAAAUGAAAAGUGCGACUCGAAGAUAAUCGCCCAAACGUGUACCCUGUUCGGGCUGGACCUGGAACGCCCCCCACCUGUCCCCCCCUCCCGGUCGUACACCGUCACGGGCAACUCCAAGCUCGGCUACCCCCAGACACGCCUCAUGAAGAUGAAUUUCCCCGAGGACUCGGCGGCCGCCACCGUCGGGGAGCAGCUGCGCAAGGGCGAAGCGGUCACGGUUACCGGUGCGUCCCACCGGCGCGGCCACCUGAUCGUCGAGCACAACGGGAUCAGUUUGCACGUGCCGUUCCAGUACAUGGAGCUGGUCAAGAACAGUACCUCCGGAUCGCCGUCGCCACCGGCUUCCACCAACGCGGGAGCGGUGAACAUCUGAGGCGGAAAAGGGGUAUUGUUGUUGCGGUGACGAUAUGGUUAGGUUUAAGUGAACUAUUUUCAACCGUGUAUUGAUUGAUUGCGAUUAUUAUUUGGGUUGGUUAAAGUAUGUUUCAU